AUGGACGAAAACAUCUCCAACUUCGUCUCCAUCACCGGAGCGAGCGCCGACGUCGCAGGCGGCUUCCUCCAGCUCGCGGGCGGCGACUUUGAGCGUGCCGUCGGCCUCUACUUUGAGAACCCCGACCUGGUAUCGGGCGUGGGCGCCGGCAUCACGGGCGGCGAGGCGGCAGCGAGCAACCAGCCGUCGGCGUCCCAAAGCCAGCACAACAUUGGCCGGCAAGACGAGAGUGGCGUCAUUCACAUCAGCGACGACGACGAUGAUGACGUGAUGCAGAUCGAAGAUGACGACGACGCCAACGACGACACCGACAGAGUUGCCGUUGCGCAAGCCGUUGCGCUUGCCCAGGAAGAGGAAGAUGCGGUCAUGGCGAAGCGGCUGCAGGAAGAACUAUACCAAGGAGGCCAGGGGUCUGGCGACGACGGUGUCAGGGCCCCCAUUGCGAGGACAACAGAGACGCUGGUCGCCCCCGACGCGGGCUGGGGCGGCGAUGAUGAGAUGGGAUCUGCCUUUUUGGAGCAAAUGAGAAGACGAAGGCACCCACCUCCUGGGUCGGGAGGACCGUUUGGCCAGCGGAUUUGGGCAGAUGGCUCCGCUGCCCCCGCACCCUCGACCGAGAAUGGCACGCACGCGCGAAGGCUCGAGGACUUGUUCCGGCCUCCCUACGAGCUCAUGUCGCGCGUAUCGUGGGAUGACGCCCGGACGCUGGGCAAGGAGGACAAGAAGUGGAUACUGGUCAACCUACAGGACAUGAACGACUUCAACUGCCAGGCGCUCAAUCGAGACAUCUGGAAGGACCCGGCCGUGCGCGACCUGGUGUCGGAGAACUUUGUCUUCCUGCAGUACGAUAAGGACUAUCCCGACGCCCAAGAGUACAUCACCUUUUACUUUUCUCACCAGACGCACGAGAACCCUGACAACUACCCGCACGUGUCCAUUAUCGACCCUCGGACGGGCGAGCAGGUCAAAGUGUGGAGCGGGCGGCCCUUUCCCAGCGCCGUAGACUUUCACGCCGAGCUCGCCGAGUUUCUGGACCGUUACAGCCUGGCCGCCAACAGCAAGAACCCGGUAGCGCAGUCGACGGGGCGCAAGGCGCAGGUAGUGGACGUGGACCGCAUGACGGAGGAGGAGAUGCUGGAAAUGGCGCUCAAGAACAGCCUGGCCAGUGGCGAGGGCAGCGGGGCGAGGGCGGCGGCCAAUAUCCAGGAUCCGGACGCGCUGACCAAGUCGUCGGGUCAGAGCGGUGGCGCCGAGGGCGAGGACGAGGGCGAGGGCGAGGGCGAGGCCAAGGGCAAGGGCAAGGAGCCGGAGCAGGCUGAGGCGGCGAGCGCGUUUUCGCAAAUCUCGGGCGACAAGCCGCACAUGGAGCCAGAGAAUGACGCGGCGAUGACGACGCGAAUCCAGUUCCGACACCCCGACGGGCGGGUAAUUCGACGGUUCCGGCUGCAGGACCCGGUGCGCAGGAUCUACGAGUGGCUCAAGGCGGAGCCGCUCGAGGGCAAGCAGGGCGUCGAAUUUGAGCUCAAGAAGAUGCCGCAGGGGCAGGACCUGAUGGGCAGCGUGGAUGAGGCGAUUGAGGAGACGGGCCUCAAGCAGGGGACGGUGAUGAUUGAGUUUGUGGACGGGUGA